UACAGGUUGUUGCAGUUGCAAGCUCCUCCCCUAACGGAACCGCCUACCACCAGCCAAUCACAUCAACACUACUGAAAAUCUUAGUAGGCUAGCUACGCAUUUAAAAGACAACAUAAGGACGGACUACUUAUAGCAACAAAUUUAGAGACUACGCACUAAGCUAUGGACGUUUGAUUGAUAACCGCUCUGCCCUUCAUCUAUUUAUCAUUCUACCUGUUUGAUAUUGGAGAGGAGAACACGAACGAGUUCUUUCUAUUGAUAUAUAAUCUAUUACAAUUGGUUUACGUCUUGGAGGUUAUUUUAGACUACAGUACAUCAUUUCCAAAGCCAGUUCUCACAUAGUGCAAAGAUGCGACUUCCACUUACAUUCAUUCUGUUUUUCAAGUUAAAUUGGGGUCUUCCAAUUGACACGGUCAUUCUGUUCCAGCGGUCGGGAGUGGUCGGCGAGAUGGACACCGUCGAGCAGGUCUUGGUCAACGGAGCACCUCUCUCCAGCUGCGGGAAAUACGUCAGUGGCAUUCUCCGUGCUGUACUGCUGGGCAACGACAGCGAGUCUUUUCAACAGGCGUUCGAGAUGGAAGAAAAUGUCACCAACACCAUAACAAAAAAUCCUACUUACCAGUACCUGCGUGUGCGUGAAUGCAAACUGAAUGGAUUUCGAGUGGUGCAUUUGACCGACCAGCUCCUUGUCAACGGGAGUGACUUCCUGACUCUCGACCAAUCCACAGUCACCUGGACAGCUGAGGUACCACAGGCCCUCGCACUCAAACAGCUUUGGGACUGGGACACUGAGCGCACGAGGAGGGAGAGGAUGCAACUCCAUGAGAGCUGUACCGAACUGAUGAAGGAGCUCACACAUUCCGAGCCCACCACCAAUAGAGGGAUGUCCCUGCUGACUGUCCUGGCUCCACUGCUUGCAAGCCUGGCCUUUGUUGCCGUGGUUAUUGCAAGCUUCCUCAUCGCUAAUCGACAAGAUCCCAGAGUUUCAGGACACCCUGGAGGUGUACUUGGCUCCAUUGUCCACUACCCUCAGAAUGUCACAGAAACACCUCAGGCCCCUCAAUCAGGAAAAGACUACCAGGUCCUCUAAAACUCAACCCUCCUCCCCUCAUCCACCUCUGAUGACCCCUGUUCCUUUCUAUUCUAGUUAGACAGUUUGCGCUGUUCUGGGAAGGGAGUUCUUUGUUUCUGGCCAUUUUGAGCCUGUAAUCCAACCCAAAAAUGCUGAUGCUCCAGAUACUCAACUAGUCUAAAGAAUGCCGUUAUAUUGCUUCUUUAAUUAGCACAACAGUUUUCGGCUGUGCUAACAUAAUUGCAAAAGGGUUUUCUAAUGAUAAAUUAGCCUUUUAAAAUGAAAAUCUUGGAUUAGCUAACACAACGUGUCAUUGGAACACAGGAGUGAUGGUUGCUGAUAAUGGGCCUCUGUAUGUCUAUGUAGAUAUACCAUUCAAAAUCAGCCAUUUCCAGCUACAAUAGUCAUUUACAACAUUAACAAUGUCUACACUGCCUUUCUGAUCAAUUUGAUGUUAUUUUAAUGGACAAAAGAAAAAGCAGAUUUAUCAAAAACAAGGAUAUUUCUUAAGUGACCCCAAACUUUUGAACGGUAGUGUAUGUACCCUGGUCCGUCCAACUCUCUAGUCCCCAUUGCUCCCUGGUCCUUCUUCCAACAAGGCCCCAUUCCUAUAGACCCAGGAGGAUUGUAGCCUACCAAAUAUUUAGAAUAUGACAGGAACUGUGACAUUCCAAUUUGUAUAACUCACUCUGUUGUGUGUGAUUUGAACUCUUGAAGUAGUUCAUAGGUAACCACAGGAAAAGGAUAUGAAGACAGUUUUAUGCACUUUAUAAUUGUUUCCUCACCUUUGCUCACCUUUGUAUUUCCUCACUUAUCUACCGGUGCCUAUGCUCUUCAGCCUUUGCUUUAGAGCUUAUGUCUAUACAGACAGAGUAACACUCUGUGUUCACGCUCGAUAGCUCAAAACUACUGUAACUAGAUUUGUGUAGAGCUGUCAGUUGCAUUUAGUCAACAGCUAUCAAUACCUUUCCUUGUCCAAAAAAUCUGAUAUGACAAGUUUUAAAUUUGGUCCAUCUGUUUUGAAUAAAUGUUGUUUUGAUCCAGUUACACAUUUUGGGUGCAAUACGGUAAUAAAAUGUUGUGUACAGUCAGGAAAUGUGUUCACUUUGUGCCUUUUGUGUAUAUAAAGCUACUGUAUUAUGAUUGAGGGGACAGAACUUAAAAUUGAACCAUAGAUGUAUGAAUGAUUUUUAUCACUUGUUUAUUUUCAUGUUUAUCACUUUACUUUGUAUAACUUAAUGUACAGAUGUUUGUCACUUUAUUAAAGAUAUUUAAAUGUU